AUGUUACUUGAUCUUAAUACAAAAAAGACAGUAACGAGACCCUAUGUAAUGGUACUUCCGAUCACCAAGCAAGUGAUCAAAAUUGUGGAACAGAUGGCACACGACGAGGGCGUUCGUGAUUUGCGUACUUAUCAUUGGAAGAAUGGUGAAAUCAUAUUGGAUGGUGAUUUGCUUGCAGGAGUGGACCCAGAUGAACUGUGGGAUGAUACACAUAUUCCACGCAAAAAUGAAUACAAACAAAGUGAUGAGAAUCUUCGUAAUGAAAAGAUUGAUCAAGAUGAAAUUGAUGCUUUACUUGAAGAAGUGGAAGAAUUUAUUGAAAACUAUGAUGUUGAACACACCGAAAAUGUUGAAGAACAGACAGAAGACAGGAGUGUUGCAAGUAUUUAUGAACGAUUGAGACGGAAAAAUGAUGAUGAUAAUUCCGAUCAAGAUCCCAAUCCAAAUGACAAAUAUCAGAAUGAUGAGAAUUUAAAUGAAAAGAUUCAAGAAAUUGAAGAAGACAUUCAAAAGGACAAAGAAGAUGUCGAAUCACUUAACGAUGAAG